UGGGAGGGAGAGGAGGAGCAGGAGGAAAGCCCUGACUGUACCCCUGGACCCUGUCCAGUUUGGAGUUCAGUCUUUCACCAAGGGCUGCUCAGUUCUCCAGGCUCCUGCCUCGCAGCAAGGACUGCAAGAGGAGACUGCGUCCUCCGAUCCUAGGGCCCCCUUUCCUUGCUUGGGAAGGGUUGUAGGAAGAAAAGGAUACUCAGCGAGAGGAAAAAUAUGCAUCCUGGUGAAGCGUGAUUGAGUCUAGAAGCCCAGAGACACGUGUUUUCAGGUUUGCUCAGGGUUCAUACUUGGUGCUUAGACAUUCAAAAUGAGGAAACACCGGCAUUUGCCCCUCGUGGCCAUCAUUAGCCUCCUCCUCUCAUGCUUGGCCAUGACUCAUGCCCAACAGCAAUCAGAUGUCAAAAAUGGUGCGGCUGCUGACAUAGUGUUUCUAGUGGAUUCCUCUUGGAGUGCUGGGAAGGACCGUUUCCUGCUUGUUCAAGAGUUUCUGUCUGAUGUUGUAGAGUCUUUAGCUGUGGGAGACAAUGAUUUCCAUUUUGCUCUGGUCCGGCUCAACGGAAACCCACAUACCGAGUUCCUGUUAAAUACGUACCACACUAAACAAGAAGUCCUUUCUCAUAUUUUGAACAUGUCUUACAUUGGGGGAAGCAAUCAAACUGGAAAAGGAUUAGAAUACAUAAUUCACAGCCACCUCACGGAGGCUUCUGGAAGCCGGGCCGCUGACGGAGUCCCUCAGGUUAUCGUAGUAUUAACUGACGGGCAAUCGGAGGACGGCUUCGCUCUGCCCUCAGCGGAACUUAAGUCUGCGGACGUUAACGUGUUUGCAGUUGGAGUUGAGGAUGCAGACGAAACAGCCUUAAGGGAAAUAGCGAGUGACCCGCUCAGUAUGCAUGUUUUCAACCUAGAGAACGUUACCUCACUUCACGACAUAGUAGGGAAUUUAGUGUCCUGUAUACGCUCUUCUGUGAAUCCAGAGAGGGCUGGGGACACGGAAAGCCUUAAAGACAUCACAGCACAAGACUCAGCUGACAUUAUUUUCCUUAUUGAUGGAUCAAACAACACCGGAAGUGCCCAUUUUGCUGUCAUUCGAGACUUCCUUGUAAAUGUCCUUGAGAGACUCUCAGUUGGAAAUCAGCAGAUCCGAGUGGGGGUGGUCCAGUAUAGUGAUGAACCCAGAACCGUGUUCUCCUUGAACACCUACCCCUCCAAGGCUACGGUUCUGGAUGCUGUGAAAAGGCUCAGCUUUGAAGGGGGGGAGUUGGCCAAUAUAGGCCUGGCCCUUGACUAUGUGGUAGAGAAUCACUUCACACGGGCAGGUGGCAGCCGCGUGGAGGAAGGGGUCCCCCAGGUGCUGGUCCUCAUAAGUGCUGGGCCUUCAAGUGAUGAGAUUCGAGAUGGGGUGGUAGCUCUGAAGCAGGCUAGUGUGUUCUCCUUUGGCCUCGGAGCGCAAGCUGCCUCCAGGGCAGAGCUCCAGCACAUAGCUACCGAUGACAGCUUGGUGUUUACUGUCCCGGAAUUCCGUAGCUUUGGGGACCUCCAGGAGCAAAUACUGCCAUACCUGAGUCGUGUGGCCCAAAGGCACAUUAUCUUACAACCUCCAGCUAUUGUCACACAAGUCGUGGAAGUCAACAAGAGGGACAUAGUCUUCCUGGUGGAUGGUUCCUCAAGCCUGGGGCAGCCCAACUUCAAUGCCAUCCGAGACUUCGUUGCCAGAGUCAUCCAGAGGUUGGAAAUUGGAAAGGACCUGGUUCAGGUGUCUGUGGCUCAGUACGCAGACACUGUCAAGCCUGAGUUCUAUUUAAAUACCCAUGCCAACAAAAAGGAUGCCAUAACUGCUGUGAGGAGGAUGAGGGCCCUGGAAGGCUCAGCCCUGUACACGGGCUCUGCUCUGGACUUUGUUCGAAACAACCUGUUCACCAGCGCAGCCGGCCAUAGGGCUGCUGAGGGGGUCCCUAAACUCCUGGUGCUGAUCACAGGCGGUAAGUCCCUUGAUGAGGUCAGCCAGCCAGCCCAGGAGCUGAAGCGAGGCAGCAUCAUGGCCUUUGCCAUCGGCAGCAGGGCCUCUGAUGAGGACGAACUGAAAGAGAUCGCUUUCGACUCCUCCCUGGUCUUCAUUCCCGCCGAGUUCCGCCCUGCUCCUCUCCAAAGCAUGCUACUCAGUCUGCUGGCACCCCUCAGGACCCUCACUGGAACCACGGAAGUUCACAUAAACAAACGGGAUAUCAUCUUCCUUCUGGAUGGAUCUGACAACGUUGGAAAAAACAAUUUUCCUUACGUGCGUGACUUUGUAACCAACCUAGUUAACAGCCUUGAUGUUGGAAGUGACAAUAUCCGUGUUGGCUUAGUGCAAUUUAGUGACACUCCGGUCACGGAGUUCUCCCUAGAUACUUACCAGACCAAGUCAGAGCUGCUGGCUCACCUGAGGCGCUUACAGCUCAAGGGGGGCUCCGGCCUGAACACAGGCUCCGCCUUGAGCUAUGUCCAUGCCAAUCACUUCACGGAGGCAGGCGGCAGCAGGACCCAGGAACGUGUGCCUCAGCUGCUGCUUCUGCUCCUGGCCGGGCCUUCUGAGGACUCCUAUUUGCAAGCUGCCAAUGCCCUGGUGCGCUCAGGCGUGCUGACCUUCUGUGUGGGGGCCAACCGGGCGGAUAAGGCUGAGUUAGAACAUAUUGCUUUUAAUCCGAGCCUGGUGUACCUCAUGGAUGAUUUCGGCUCCCUGCCAACUUUGCCUCAACAGCUGAUUCAGCCCCUAACCACAUAUGUUAGUGGAGGUGUGCAGGAGGUUCCACUAACCCAGCCAGAGAGCAAGAGGGACAUUCUCUUCCUCUUUGACGGCUCAGCCAAUGUCAUGGGUCAGUUCCCCGCUGUCCGAGACUUUCUCUACAAGAUCGUUGAGGAACUGGAUGUGAAGCCGGAUGGCACCCGGGUAGCGAUAGCUCAGUUCAGUGAUGACGUCAGGCUGGAGUCCCGCUUCAAUGAGCACCAGAAUAAGGCUGAGAUCCUUAAUCUUGUGAAAAGGAUGAAGAUAAAGACAGGCAAAGCCCUCAACCUGGGCUAUGCCCUGGACUACGCACUGAGGAACAUCUUUGUGAGGUCGGCUGGCAGCCGCAUUGAGGAUAACGUACAGCAGUUCCUGGUGCUGCUGGUUGCUGGCAGGUCCACAGAUGCUGUGGCUGGGCCAGCAAGCUCCUUGAAGCAGCGAGGAGUGAUACCAUUCAUUUUUCAAGCCAAGAAUGCUGAUCCUGAUGAGCUGGAGCAGAUCGUACCAGCCCCCGCAUUUAUCCUGGCUGCAGAGUCCCUCCCCAAGAUCGGGGACCUCCAGGCACAGAUUGUGAGCCUUCUGAAAGCAGCACAGAGUGCGGGGCCUGUGUCAGGUGAAAAAGAUGUGGUGUUUCUGAUCGAUGGUUCUGAGGGUGUCCGGAGUGGCUUCCCCCUGCUAAAGGAGUUUGUACAGAGAGUAGUGGAGAACCUGGACGUGGGUCCUGACCGGGUGCGUGUGGCCCUGGUGCAGUACAGUGACAGGACCAGGCCCGAGUUCUACCUGAAUUCCCACAUGGACCAGCAGGGUGUCAUCAGUGCCAUCCGCAAGCUGACGCUGCUGGGUGGCCCGAUCCCCAACACAGGGGCGGCGCUGGACUUUGUGUUGAGGAAUAUCCUGACCAGGUCCACUGGGAGCAGGAUUGCAGAUGGUGUGCCUCAGCUCCUGAUUGUGCUCACGGCGGAACGGUCCGGAGAUGACGUGAGAGGCCCCUCGGUGGUCCUGAAGCAGGGCGGGGCUGUGCCCAUUGGCAUCGGCAUUGGGAAUGCUGACAUCUCUGAGAUGCAGACCAUCUCCUUCAUCCCGGACUUCGCCUUGGCCAUCCCCACCUUCCGGGAGCUCGGGACGGUCCAGCAGCUCAUCUCUGAGAGGGUGAUCCAGCUAAACCGUGAGGAGUUGAGCACACUGAAACCUGUUUUUCUGCCCUCACCAAGUGCAGGUGUUGGCAGCAAGAAGGACGUGGUCUUUCUCAUCGAUGGGUCCCAAAAUGCCGGCCCCGAGUUCCAGCACAUCCGCACCCUGAUUGAGAGGCUGGUUGAGUACCUGGACAUCGGCUUUGACACCACCCGGGUGGCAGUCAUCCAAUUCAGUGAUGACUCCAAGGUGGAAUUUCCCCUAAACGCCCACUUCAGCAAGGACGAAGUGCAGAACGCCGUGCGCCGCCUGCGGCCCAAGGGCGGGAGGCAGGUCUACAUCGGAAAUGCCCUGCAAUACGCGCUGAAGAACGUCUUCCAGAGGCCGCUGGGGAGCCGCAUAGAAGAGGGCGUCCCACAGUUCCUGGUCCUCAUUUCAUCUGGGAGGUCUGAUGACGAGGUGGGUGAGUCGGCGGUGGAACUCAAGCAGUUUGGUGUGGCCCCUCUCGCCAUAGCGAGGCACACAGACCAGGAGGAGCUGGUGAAGAUCUCCCUGAGUCCUGAAUAUGUGUUCUCCGUGAGCACUUUCAGGGAGCUGCCCAGACUGGAGCAGAAACUGCUGUCGCCCAUCACCACGCUAACCUCGCAGCAGAUCCAGCAGAUCCUGGCCAGCACUCGCUAUCCGCCUUCAGUGAUUGAAAGUGAUGCUGCCGACAUCGUAUUUCUGAUUGAUAGCUCCGAUGCCGUCAGGCCUGAUGGCAUCGCUCAUAUUCGAGACUUUAUCAGCAGGAUUGUUCGCAGACUCAACAUCGGCCCCAGUAAAGUGAGGAUUGGGGUCGUGCAGUUCAGCAACGAUGUCUUCCCCGAGUUCUACCUGAAGACCCACAAGACACAGAACCUUGUGCUUGAGGCCAUACGGCGUCUGAGGUUCAAAGGCGGGUCUCCCCUCAACACUGGCAAAGCCCUGGAGUUUGUGGCAAGAAACCUCUUUGUGAAGUCUGCCGGGAGCCGGAUAGAAGAUGGGGUCCCUCAGCACCUGGUCUUAUUCCUCGGUGGGAAGUCCCAGGAUGACGUGACUAGGCAUGCUCAAGUCAUAAGCUCAUCAGGGAUCAUGAGGUUAGGGAUAGGAGACCGAAACGUCGAUCGGACAGACUUGCAAGCCAUCACCAAUGACCCCAGACUGGUCUUCACGGUUCGGGAAUUCCGAGAGCUGCCCAACAUAGAAGAGAGGGUCAUGCUUUCAUUUGGCCCCUCUGGGGCUACUCCUCAGCCUCCUGGCGUGGACUUCACUUCUCCUCCACGGCCAGAGAAGAAGAAGGCAGACAUUGUGUUCCUGCUGGAUGGUUCCAUCAACUUCAGGAGGGACAGCUUCCAGGAAGUGCUCCGUUUUGUAGCUGAAAUAGUGGACACGGUGUAUGAAGAUGGUGAUUCCAUCAGAGUGGGGCUGGUCCAGUAUAACUCAGACCCCACGGAUGAGUUCUUCCUAAAGGACUAUUCUACUAAAAGGCAGAUUAUUGAUGCCAUCAACAAAGUGGUCUAUAAAGGAGGGAGGCACGCCAACACCAAGGUGGGCAUCGAGCACCUGCGGCUGAAUCACUUCGUGCCGAGCGCUGGCAGCCGCCUGGAUGAGCGGGUCCCUCAGAUCGCCUUCGUGAUCACAGGAGGAAAGUCGGUGGAGGACGCUCAGGGUGUGAGCCUGGCCCUCACCCAGAAAGGUGUCAAAGUGUUUGCUGUUGGCGUGAGGAACAUCGACUCUGAGGAGGUGGGGAAGAUAGCAUCCAACAGUGCCACAGCCUUCCGGGUGGGCAGCGUACAGGAGCUGUCCGAACUGAGUGAGACAGUUCUAGAGACUCUGCAUGAUGCCAUGCAUGAAACCCUCUGUCCUGGAGUGACGGAUGUUUCCAAAGCCUGCAAUCUGGAAGUCAUUCUGGGGUUUGAUGGAUCCCGAGAUCAGAACGUGUUUGUGAGUCAGAAGGGCCUGGAGUCCAAGAUGGACGACAUCCUGACUAGAAUCAGUCAGAUGCAGAGGAUCAGCUGCAGCGGCAGCCAGCUGCCCACCGUGCGGGUGUCGGUGGUGGCCAACACGCCCUCUGGGCCAGUGGAGGCCUUCGACUUUGCCGAGUAUCAGCCAGAGCUGUUCGAGAAGUUUCGCAACAUGCGCAGCCAGCACCCGUACAUCCUCACAGCUGACACGCUGAGGCUAUAUCAGAACAAAUUCAAGCAGUCGUCGCCAGACAGUGUGAAGGUAGUCAUUCACUUCACGGACGGAGUGGAUGGAGACCUGGAUGACCUACACAGAGCAUCUGAGGAACUCCGGCAAGAAGGUAGGUGUCAGGCUUCCUUGGUGUGAGAAGUAAACAUCCCCCUCCAAACUCCCAUGCCCAAGGCAGCCUGGCCACAUUGCUGAGAGAGGUCUGUCAAUGGAGUCAUGGAGUGAGGGCAGCCAGAGGCUCUUGUCCUGCCACCCUGACCCUUCACCCCUGCUUGGCCUGUAAUAUAAGGGUACUAAGGCUACUUCUGAGUCAGGGACAGCUUUGGUGUCACGUCCUAGCCCUGCUGGACCAGCUUCAAAGACACCUUCACCUAGGGGGACAUCCACCUGAGUAGAAAGUCAUUAUACCAUCAGUUUGCAGUUAUUUAGUAUUUGGACCACUAAGUUAAUGUAACACAGCCAACACCAAUCACUCAAAUUCAUACACACAUAACUAAUAUAAAAUAAACCACACAAGCACUUAUCAAGCAGUCUUGCCAAUAGCUGCAUGAGUAGCAUUGCUCGGUCAGUGAACUUUGGAAUGCCCCUGU